AUGAUCAGCAUUCUUCAAGGAAACCUACAUAGAAGCAGAACAGCCGAUGACCUUCUAACUCAUCUUGUAUAUGAGAAGAAGGCCGAUCUGCUACUUCUAUGUGACCAGUACCAAGAUAGAGAAGUACCAACGUGGUUUGCAGAUAGCACAGGAACUGCUGCUAUCUCGGUAAGAAAUGGAGAUAAAGUACCAGUGGAUGACCACGGAUUCGGCGCGGAAUUUGAUUGGAUCAGGAGUAGGCGGACCACUUUUGUGAGCGUCUACCUCACCCCAAAUAAGCUCAUCAAGGACUUCGAGGUUAAACUAGAAGGUCUAGAGGAAGCACUACAAGAUAUGGCGGGCGGCAUUGUGAUACCUGGCGACUUUAACGCGGAAGCGGUAAAGUGGGGUAUGCCAAAGUCGAACCCUAGGGGGAAACGGAUAAUGGAGAUGGCGGCCAGAAGAGGACUGAUAGUUCUUAAUACAGGCGCAUCAACAUUCAGACGAACCGGGCAGAGAGAGACGACACCAGAUGUCUCCUUCGCUUCAGAGAACAUGGCAGGAAAUUUCGUAAACUAG